GUUGUCGUGCCCGCAAGCCCUGUGCCACUGCGGCGCCGCUCACGGCUGGCAGAGUCUUUGGCCAAGGAGAGCACCACCACCAUCUCUCCUCUGCUCGGCAAAAACGUCGCGAGACCUGCAAAAAUCUCGCCAGCAGUCGCAUCGCUCACAAAUGAUGCCCCCAGCGCUCGGAGCCCUCUUAAUUUGGACAGCCACUGCCUUGGUGCCACCAGCACCACACACGCAACGCCUGGAGCCGCUGAGCGCCACGCUCACGGUUUACAGUACGCUGGGCUGCCCGCACUGCCAGCGCUGCAAGAAGGCUUUGGACGCGGCGGGCCUCGCAUACGACGUCGUCGACGUCGCCGACGCGGCCGCGCGCGCGGCGCUCGAGGCGCGCUGCGGCCUGCCGACGGUGCCGCAGGUCUACCUGGACGAGGAAAGAGUGGGCGGCGCCGACGAUACCCUUAAAGCGCUCGCCGACGGCUGGCUGCUCGAGCGCGACAUUCCGCGCGUCGAGCCGAAACGAGUCGAGAAGACGGAGGAGGCCGUCAUUUUUAUCGAAGCGCCGCCGGGAGGGCCGCUCAACGCGCCUGUGGCCGGACGCGCCGUGGAGCCGCUCGAGGGCGACGUCGCCGCGCGGCUCCAGCGGUCGGCGCUCGAGCUCAUCGACGCGCACGUCACGCUGGACGGCAUCGACUACGCCUCCCUGAAGACGUCGCGCCAGUUCCAGAACUUUGUGGACAUCGCGCGCCGGCUGCCGGAUAUUGACGGUGCGAGCGUUGGCGACGCCUUCUGGAUAAAUCUCUACAACGCGAUGGUGCUCCACGCGACCGUGGUCCUGGGGUCGCCGGAAAACACGCCCGAGGCGCGCACCGAUUUUUUCUCCGGGGCCACUGGCGCGACGUACGAAGUCGCGGGCCAUGUUCUAAGCCUCGACGACGUCGAGCACGCGCUCCUGCGGCGGUCGCCCGCCGGCGACGCGCGGAGCUUUACGGAGGACGACCCGCGGCGCCGGACCUUCGCGCCGACGCUCGCUCGGAAAUUCGACAACCGCAUCCACUUCGCGCUGAACUGCGGGGCGUCGAGUUGCCCGCCGGUCAAGCUGUUCCGGGACGAGAGCCUCGACGAGGACCUGGCUGCCGCGGCGCGGGCGUUCGUCGGGUCCGAGGUCAGCGUUUCUGGGAGCACGGUCACGGCCUCCAAGCUCUUCCUGUGGUAUGGUGGUGAUUUCGGCGAGGACGUGCCUCGUGCGAUCGCGGCGCUCGGCGCCGGGACGCCGAGCGGCGACGCCGUGGCGGGCCUGCUCGAGGAUGAGAAUGUGGAGCUCGCGUUCGCGGACUACGACUGGUCGCCGAACGACGCUUCGUCUGUGUAG